AUGCAAAAGAAAUUAUUGGUUGUGGCAUUGAUCUGCUAUUGGGUUGAAGCGACGCCCCUGAACGAUGCCUCGCUUGACUUUAACACAGACAUAUCCAAUUUAAAAUACGAUUCUAAUGAUUUAGAAGAUUACCUAAAAUAUAUCGAAGGGGAUAACGAGGAUAAAAAGAAAUCUAUGACAAAGAAAAAAAUUGCCAAUAAAGGAGCAAAAGUGAACUAUAACAUAAAGGAUUUGAAGAAUUUCUUCAAGAGUCUUGGAUUAAAAGACGACGGUUCGUUUGAUGACAGUGAAGUGUAUGGUCUCACUGAAGCCGAGGCAGCCAAAAAAGUGGGUAUCAAGGGCAAAGAAAACAGAACAUAUAAGAAGGGAACAAAAACAAGAGGAUUUCACAGAGUACAGCAUAAAGACGAAUACAAAAAGGACAAAGAAUUUUAUGAAGAUGAUGAAGUGAGUGGUUCAAUUAGCAAAGUUGGAGCAAAAGGUUUUGGUUACGAUAUCUCGGCGGGUUCCGGUUUCGACAAGGGGCAAUUUCAUCAUUUACGAAAUAAGAGUUUAAAAGGAAAGCAAGGAUUUUCGGACACAGGCAGUGCGGAGAAAAAUUUUAGUGGAUAUAGCAACGCAAAGGACUUUGAUGAGUACUUUGAUAGUGAAAACAAAUGA